UUCCACUGUCCAGCGAUAAGUACAGUAAUUUUAAGUAAUUAUCAGAGAAAAUGCUCGUGGGAUGGAAAAAUAAAACAACAACGGUAAAGUUCAAGAUGCGGUAGUGAUGCAGUAAUAAUUAGUAUGUAAUAGUCGAGCAACCUUUGCCGUACUCUGCGAAAGACUAUCACGCGUUGGUACGGUCCGUUGUUUAUAAGCCAGCGCGCUUUCAGGUAGGUUUCAGUUCGAUCCAACUAAUGAUGGAGGAGGUUGCUAACGACGCACCAGUCGAAAAAACUUGUUUCUUAGAUAUGGACGCGUGCUACGAAACGUUCGACAAGGAUGGGGAUGGUAAGCUAAACCUGGAUGAUUUCCGUUUGAUCUGCAAAGCUCUGUUUCGCAAUGACAAGGGCCACAUCUACCAACUGUCGGAGGAGAAGGCACGGCACAUGUUUCAAGUAUUUGAUCAAAAUAGUGACGGAUUUAUCGACAAGGAUGAAUUUACGUUUUGCUGGAAUCAUUGGAUAAAAGUGAUUGUGCGACCCGUGAGUGCAUUUCUGGUGGUGGACGUACAGAAUGACUUCAUUUCCGGUACCCUCAACAUCAGCAAGUGCAAUGCUCAGCAAGACGGCACUGAGGUGGUGGAACCAAUCAACCGUCUGCUCGACACUGUGCCGUUUUCGUGCGUGUUCUACUCCCUGGACUGGCACCCCCCGGACCACGUGUCCUUCAUAGACAACGUGCACAUGCGGGAGCUGCAUCCCUCCAGCCCGGUGUCGGCGGACAAGGCGCAGGCACACGAUACCGUGGUGUUUGCCGGCCCGCCGCCCAUGAAGCAGCGGUUGUGGCCGCGACACUGCGUGCAAGACACCUGGGGCGCUGAGCUACAUAAGGACCUCAAGGUGGUGGAACACGGCGUGAAGGUGUACAAGGGGACGAACCCCGAGGUGGACUCGUACUCGGUGUUCUGGGACAACAAGCGGCUGAGCGACACGAGCCUGUCGCACCAGCUGCGCGCGCGCCACGUCUCCGACAUAUACAUCUGCGGCAUCGCGUACGACGUCUGCGUCGGUGCGACGAUAUCGGACGCGCUGGCUAUCGGCUACCGCGCGGUGCUGAUCGACGACGCGAGUCGCGGUGUGAGCGUACCCGACAUACAGGCGACCAAGGACGCGGUGCUCGCCGACCACGGCGUCAUUGUGGAGUCGCACGAGGUAUUGGCCAUGGUGGAAGGUCGCGACCGGCGGCCGGAGCUCGGCUACAAACUGGCCAUGGAGCUUAAGAAGGCCAUGAAAGACAACCAGUAGAUCUGAUCGACCAUUCCCAAUAUAACUUUGAUGAAAUUAAUUUCAUUGCCUAUGGUCACAAUUUUGACCGUCAAAAUAUUGACAUAACAUUUUUUAUUU